CGUGCUCCUGGGAAUAUGUGCCGCCAUGUUAGGUGUCAUUCUCCAGGACAUGCUAGGUGUCAGUCGCCAGGACGGGUCUUCUUCUGAGACUUGGGCUGAAACCGAGGCGUCAUGGGCGCGGGAACUCAGGUCAGACUCCUGCUGUGGAAGAACUGGACCGUUCGCAGGAGACAAACGGUGCGUUUCUUCAUGGAGAUCAUGUGGCCCAUUAUUCUGUUCAUGGGACUGGUGUGGCUGCGAAGAGUGAACCCGCUCUACCGUCAACAUGAAUGUCACUUCCCCAACAAGGCCAUGCCCUCAGCGGGGGUUCUGCCAUGGAUCCAGGGGAUCUUCUGCAAUGCCAACAACCCUUGCUUCCAGUACCCCACCCGCGGUGAAUCACCUGGCUUGGUGUCCAACUACAACAACUCAAUAUUGGCUCGAUUUUACUCCGAUGCCCAGGAGCUUCUUUUUGUUGAUCCGAAGCUUCUCCCUCUGGGACGCCUCUGGAGUGAAGUGAGAGCCAUGAGUAACCUGAUGGACACGCUGCGUACCCGCCCUGAACUGAUCUCAGGCCGUGGAGUACAGGUGGAGUCGAUCCUGAAGGACGACGAGACUCUGACAUCCUUCCUUCUGAGGGACGUUCCUCUAAGCGAGGCUGUGGUCAAUGAGCUUGUCAGUGCCCAGAUCAGGCCAGAACAGUUUGUCUUCGGGGUUCCGGACAUCCACUUAAAGGACAUCGCCUGCAGCUUGAACUUUCUAGAACGGUUCCUGAUUUUCCCGAGCCGCAGGGGACUCCACGCCGUCCGCAAUGCCAUGUGCAGCCUCACCCCCCAGCGGCUGCAGAUCAUAGAGGACAAGUUCUACGCCAACGUGGACAUUGUCAAGCUCUUUCGGGUGCUUCCCCGUGUUGUGGACAAUCACUCUGAGGGCAUCAACAUCCACUUCUGGCUGCAGGUGGUGUCCGCUGCCAGCGACAAACUGCAAGAGUUACUCCGGAGAAGCAGCACCCGGGAACUCCUACAGGUGAUGACACCUCUUUUCCAGAGAGAUCUCUCCUUCAGGCAGGUGAUGGCUGCCGCCUCCAGCCUGGUGUGCGGCUACACCGAGGGAGCCUUCUCCCGCGUGGCCUCCUUCAACUGGUACGAGGACAACAACUACAAAGCUUUCCUGGGCAUCAACGGGGCCAGAAGACGUGGCCCCCAUGUUUACGACAACAGCAGCACUGAGUUCUGCACUGAUCUGAUGAGCGAGCUGGAAUCCAACCCUGCCACCAGGAUCGUGUGGAACUCACUGAAGCCCAUGUUGAUGGGCAAGAUCCUCUACGCCCCCGACUCACCUGCCGUCAGAACCAUCAUAAGAAAUGCCAACUCGACAUUUGAAGAGCUGCGACGGUUAAAGACCAUGGGGAAGGCCUGGGAAGAAGUGGCUCCCCAGAUCUGGGCUUUCUUCCAAGAUGGAGUCCAGGUCAAAAUGAUACGGAACAUUUUGCAGAACCCGUCAUUGAUGGAUUUCAUUGACCGGAGUCUAGAGGAGGCGCCGUUCUCCGCCAAACACAUCCUCAGCUUCCUGCACAACGGACCACCUGGGGACCGACCAGCCGGUAUGCCAGAUUUUGAUUGGCGGGACAUCUUCAACCUAACUGACCGAGUCAUCGGGAUGCUCAAUCAAUAUGGAGACGUGAGUGGACACUAUUUUUUUAAACAUUUCUGUGUCCCUUCACACAUACAGUCGUGGUCAAAAGUGUACAUACACUUGUAAAGAACAUGAUGUCAUGGCUGUCUGGAGUUUUCAAUCAUUUCUACAACUCUUAUUUUUUUUUGUGAUAGAGUGAUUGGAGCACAGCUGCUCCUAAGGGGAGGUGGUCAUAAACAGCUGUUGCACUUGGUUAUAAACAAUUCAAAGAAAAGGUGCCUGGAGCGGUGUCAGGUCCCGCUCCCUCUCCGCUUUGUAGAUCUCGGGUCAAGACAAGGUCUUCCUGCGGCUGUCAAUAGAUCAAAGAAACCGACACCUCCAUGUCGCAUCCCAUCGCACACAGUGGAGUUUUACAAGCCUUUUUGCUUGAUAACAUGAAAGACAGCUUUUGUCUUCUCGCACGUCGAGCUGAAAUCAGGGAAACACAAAGUUGUGUGGUAACUUAUAUACAAUUAUUCAGACACUUUAUUUGUCGCCAUGGAGGCCAGGAUUAGUGAUUUAGAAGAAGCGGAUGGACUUUAGCCGCUAGCUAGCUGGCCAUGUCUUAAAGCACCUCUUCCUGAGGGUGUUUCAGUGUUAUAACUUCACCUUUAUCUUUACUUUUUAAGCCAAAAUGCAUCCAUUCUCACUUUUCUGUCCACACACUGUGUCUGCUUGUAAGUACUCCGUGUGUGCGCGCUGCCGAACAUGCUCUUCUGUUCGUAAAACCAGCAAUGGGUUGGGGAACCGGUACUUUUUAGAGGCGUUAUAGUACCGAUUCAUUAGUACCGCGGUACUAUACUAAUACCGGUAUCCCGUACAACCCUAGUACGGGAUACUAGGGUGUGGACCAC